GGGUGGAGCGCACCGAAAAGGACUUAAGUCGGAGAAGUUUGCGCACAGCCUCAUCUCGGGGACGAGCAGAGGCAGGCUCCGCUUAGGAAAGCGAGCCACCCAAGCCCCUGGGUGGGCUGCGCCCAGCCGCUUGCAGACCCUCCUGGCUGGAGAGGUGCGCACCUCACCCUGAGGUUGGCAUCCCCUUCCCGGGAGAUGCCCAGUGAAGCCUGAGUUCCUGAGAACGCCUGAGCUGUGCCCAGACACUCAGAGAGAAUUGCUGUAUCCACCUAAGGUAAGUGUCAUUAGAGCGCCUUCCACACAAGAAGAAACUAGACAUCACGGCUUCCACACACCAGAUUUGAAAAUGAUUCCAAGGAGAGCCAGAGUGAGAAGGGGGAAUCUUCGCAAACCGAAGAUGAGGUUCCAUUUGCUGAACAAGUUCACUCUGAUGUUCCUGCUUCUGAUCACCCCAACUCCAGUUCUUCAGGCUCCUUCCAACGACAGUGAGCCCACCCAUGAUCACGAGCCGUUCGUCUACUUAGUUGGACGCAAGAAGCUGCUCAAAGCCCAGUACGGUUGCUAUGACAGGAUCCAGGAGAUGCCCCCUUAUGAUGGAGAAGGCCCAUAUUGCAACCGUACCUGGGACGGAUGGCUAUGCUGGGACGAUACUCCCGCCGGAGUCACAGCCUAUCAGCACUGCCCAGACUACUUCCCGGACUUCGACACAGCAGAAAUGGUUUCCAAAUACUGUGAUGAAAAUGGAGAAUGGUUUAGACACCCUGACAGCAAUCGAACCUGGUCCAACUAUACUCUGUGUAAUGCUUUCACUAAUGAUAAACUGAACAAUGCAUAUGUCCUGUACUACCUGGCUCUUGUGGGACACUCUCUGUCAAUUGCUGCUUUGGUUGCUUCCAUGGGGAUCUUCCUGUAUUUCAAGAACCUUGCAUGCCAUAGGGUGACACUGCACAAGCAUAUGUUUGUCACUUACAUUCUGAACUCAAUUGUUAUCAUCAUCCACCUGGUUGAGGUUGUGCCCAAUGGCGAUCUGGUGCGACGGGAUCCGAUGCAUAUGUUUCAUCAUAAUACACAUAUGUGGACAAUGCAGUGGGAACUGUCACCACUCUUACCCCUGAGUGCAAAGAUGGACUCUAAUGACACUCGAGUGAUAAGUUGCAAGAUUCUACACUUCAUCCACCAGUACAUGAUGGCUUGUAACUAUUUCUGGAUGCUCUGUGAGGGGAUCUACCUUCACACUCUCAUCGUCAUGUCUGUGUUCGCUGAGGAUCAUCGCCUGUGGUGGUAUUACCUGCUUGGCUGGGGGUUCCCAAUUGUGCCAACCAUUAUCCAUGCCGUUACUCGUGUUAUCUACUACAAUGACAACUGCUGGCUGAGUGUGAAUACCAACUUGCUUUACAUCAUCCAUGGACCUAUCAUGAUGGCUCUGGUGGUCAAUUUCUUCUUUCUGCUCAACAUCAUCCGAGUGCUUGUGAACAAGAUGAGGCAAACUCAUGAGCCAGAAACCUACAUGUACCUGAAGGCUGUGAAGGCUACCAUGGUCCUUGUGCCCCUGCUGGGCGCCCAGUUUGUUGUGUUUCCCUGGAGGCCUUCCCACAAGGUGUUUGGGAUGAUCUAUGAUUAUGUCAUGCACACUCUGAUUCAUUUCCAGGGAUUCUUUGUUGCGACUAUCUACUGCUUCUGCAACCAUGAGGUGCAAGUUGCCCUGAAGCGCCAGUGGGCCAAGCUCAAGAUCCAGUGGAGACAGCGCUGGGGGAGGCGCCGCCGCCGCCGUACUACCAACCGCAACCGCAACCGCGUAGUUGCGGCUCCUCGCCCAGCGGCGUUUGUCGAGCAAGGUGAUCUCCCCAUUUACAUCUGCCAUCAGGAACCAAGGAAUCCUCCCAUCAACAACAAUCAAGGUGAAGAGAGUACCGAAAUGAUCCCCAUGAACGUCAUCCAGCAAGAACCAUCAGAUCCAUCCGCCGUCCCGGAAGACACAUCUGCUUGAACGUGAAGCUACCCCACGCAUUGUGAACCGCUGAGCCUUCAUUUCCCGGGGGAAAGAUAGACCAUGUAUUUCAAGUGAUCCCCACCCUCCCAGGAGCUCAGCAUUCAUUCGUGAAGAAUUAUUAAGUGAAUUUGUCCAUAGUGAUUUUGAAGAAAGUUAUUCUUGGUACUAUUGCUUUGGGAGACAGUCUAGGAAUAGAGUCCCCCACUGCAACUUGUGAACUCCAUCAUUCAUCUAGGAUUGCGAUGACAGUGUCAUAGAAAGAAGGCAAGGUAUCCAAAAAAUGCCACUAAAUUGUCCUAGUUCAGAUACAGGGUGCUCCUUGUUAAUAUUGAGCCAUUUGUACCUUUGAGAAAUCAAAAUCACUCAAUAUUUUUGAUUUUAGCACUCGACUUUGAAUUGGACUAUUUCUGUAUUUGGCUAUGGAUCUGACUUUUAAUUUUUUUAUUUCAACCAAUUCCCUAUUACAUAUUUUACCAUCCAUACAAUUAAACUGCACAAAUAAUAUGACCUCUGGAAGAUGGUGUGGCUUUUAAACAUACAAACAGAUAAGAUUAUAGGAGUCAAUCUGGGCAUUGGGCAGGAAAACAUUUACAGUAAAUUUGCUGGAACAGUACCAUACUCAGAUUGCUUUUGGAUAAUCCUGUCCACCAGGAAGACCCAAAUGCUGUAAGGAAUUGAUCUUAAUGUUGAAUGUGCUUUAGUCACUGACAUUUAUAAAUUGGGAGGUCAACAAGAAUCUAUCACCAAAUUUUUCACAACACUGCCAAAAAUGUAAUUCUCUGUGAAAGAGAACACUCUUUAAAGAGUUUUCCACUUUCCUAAACCACAAGAUUUAUAAAGCAAAUCACUCCAAGGUUUCUAAAGCAGAUUACCUCUUGCCCUCGGGUGCUAUCUAGCAGUGAGAGAUAGAUUUGUUUACGGCUGGUAAUUAAAAGACUCCAUACAAGUCCAUUAACUUCCUACCACCCAGCUUCAAAGCUUAACAAGGUCUCUGUGUUUGCCAGGAAGACUCAGUGCGGCUAAUUACAAAUCAGUUUCUAGUUGACCUCUUGUUUGCUGCUAUUAGCAAAAGAGGGGAAAAAAUACAACACAGAGACUUCGUUUAACCAUAUAUUAAUUCAUCUUAAAAUACAAACGAGCUUCUCAUCAAAACCCAGUAUUUAUAUUUCCACAUCUCUCUUUACUCCCCAGUAUAAGAUCUUCAAAGAUCCAUGAAUAAACCAAUAUCAUUACUGAUUUCUGAAUCUGUAACAGCAGAGUUAUCAUUAUUUAAUUUAUAUGCUAAAUGAGGAGUUUCAUGGAAAUCCUCCAAAUCGGGGCCCAUCUAUGACAUAUCACUGCCUUUCAGAAGGGAUUUAGUUGUAUAAAGGCAAAAAAUAACUGGUUCUGGUUACAUAUUUAGUGCACCCACAGAAAACUGUAUUUUCCAAGUGACCAUGGACUUUGGAUACUGAAAGUAUGUCUCCUUUACAAAAUGUAAGGGAAGAAUUAAAACGAAGGUGUUUUGUUCCAAUCACAGUGUUACAUAGUGAUGUUCCUAUUUGUUUACAAACAUCAAAAACAGUGUAUUUCAGGCAGCUCUAGUACAAAUGUGAUAAUAUUUGAGAUGUUAUUGUGCUGAUGUAGUAGGAGCUGAUGAAAUCAAACUAGCUUAUCAUAGCAUUGCAUGUAAUACCUAAAUUGUGUGAAACGCUUCUGCUAUGUACAUGUAUAAAUUAAUAUAGAGCAUAUUAAAAAGGCCAGGAUGUG